CACAAUGGUGUGACGGGCUUAAUGGUCGCUUCCCAUCUUGGGAACAAGGAUCUCGUCCGCUGGUUUCUAAUUAACAAGGCGGAUGCCAAUGCCAGGACACAUCUUGGUUGGCGUGCUAUUCAUUUUGCGGCCAAGCGUGGCCACGUAGCAACCAUCGACAUGCUAUGUUCCAGCGGGGCUGUUGUCGACCCUGUCACGUCGGGACUACUGCACCUCUAUAUUCAUCGCGGUCUUUUACCUGCUGAAGUGCUUUCGCGCACACGUUCCACACUGGAUUCACCUCUAAACAAGUCGAGGCCGGCGCCACAAAUAGAUUGUACUUCACUUUCGACAGAUCUGCCAAACGAAACAAAUGGGUCGGACAAAAUCAUCGGUUUAACUUAUCUUGAUUUUUCUGUUGCUGUAAACGAUAGUCAAAUUAUAAUCAACCAAUUACAAUGCCAGUCAACCAGCUACGAUUUAGAACUCGCGCGUCGUAAACGUGAGCUGAUUCGACGGUUGCCACCGAUCAACACUCUUCCUCAGCAGUCAGCAGUUUUGUUGGUCCAGCAAACGCAACGCCUUGCACGCGCUGAUUUACCGGCGUUUGAGCGACUACAAGCUGUUCGGAAGGUUUUUGCUGUUUUACCCUUAAAGUCUCUUGGUGGUCCAUCUGAUGAGGGCAUACAUGUUACAUUUGGAACUGCUGUUGAGCCGUAUCUCCGUCUGUUUGAGGCAUGCAUGUGUGAGAGCCAUUGUCCUAGUUCACUUGCUGCUGAACUAAGUGUCCUAUCCGUUUAUUUCGUAGCACUUGGAAGUGGAAGAAACGGGGAACUCAACGUACCAAAUCCAACAGACGAUGGUCCAAACGGCGGUUCUCCCAGGGCAUCCUUCAUUGCCUCAUAUGUUGCGAGGUUGCUGCGCAAACUAAUAUCUAAAAAUAACCCACAGUAUCGCGCUGGAAUUUUGGCUCAUCUAUGCCGAAUACUUUCGUUCUCUAACGAAAAAAAGGACUGUAACAAGUGUCAAAGACCCACGGACUUUUGGUCAGAUUUGAAUCAGUUCACGGUUGUUCUCUCCAGUUUAGUAAGACUUGGUGAAACUCUUGAUCAACCCCUUAAUGUUGCUCGAUUGGCUGCUCUUAUUGGUCUCAUUGGACGUCGAAUGAGUGAACUAUCAUUGCCAAGCGUGGUAUCUUCGUCAACUAGCCUUUUCUCUGAUCUGGCUGACAUCCUUGUUGGAUGGGGAGUGGACCCCACUAGUGUUACACGAGGUAUUAAUCUGGAUAGCAUAUACACAGAAUUACGUUUUGGACUCUCCAGCUGGUGGUUGCAUUUGCCGAACAAGAAUUCUCGUUCUGUUGUAUCGGGUUCGGAUUCAAAUGAAGAUAUUCCUACAAUUAAUCCAAGCAUGCACGAAAUGAUAAACCGGCAGGAUCCAGUGAGCAAAGCAGUAUUGAGAACUUUAUGCCUUUUGGCCGAAAAGGAAGAGUUACGUGAUCCUUUAUGCCAGCUCGUUUUAUUAGAUUUGAGACUUGCAUUCCGCUUUCUUAAAGCACCUGGAACUAAUGAGGUUCCUAACACUGAUGACCUCUCUAAAUGCGAAGAAUUGGGACUUUUCAGUUUGGCUCUUUUUUCUGCCAUCGUGCGGCACACUACCUCCUCUGUCGAUCGAUUGGCUCUCCGUAGGCAUAUACUGGGGACUUUCAGUCAGGAUUGUGCACUGAAAUGGUUGGACAUUCCUCCCCGACUCCGGAUGGCUUUGGUUGCAGUGUUGAACGACGAUAAUUUCCUGACCUCCCUGCCGCCAACAGAACUAAUGCAAUUGAUCUCCACCGUCUUAUGUGUGAAGUCUAAUUCGCCCUUCGAGUAUAAUCAAGCAUGCAUGUUCGCCUUGACCGGUUUGAAGAACACGAAUUUGACAUCCAACGACCGUUGCCAAAUAUUGACAUACAUUUGCAAGCUAGCUGGAAGAAUUUUAUCCUCCCGCCAAUCACUUCACACAUGUUCAAUGGAUCCAUUUAUCUUGUGUAUCCGAAUCGUGAUUUCGAAUGCUUUUUCUGACGGACUUGAACAGAAUGAGCGUUUGCGUCAACUACUGUUCCGAUUAUCCGAAUUUGCGCUGUGCAGUAACUUUCCGGAACGACAAGAAGUCUGUAGCGACUUACUGCUUGCUUUGGGAGUUUCACAAGGACGUCGUAAAUACACUUCAACUCCCAAUUUAGGACUAGCUUGGUACACAACUCGACGUCCUGACAAAUCAGCAACGGCCCUGGUUAUGCCACCGGCAGCUUCACAGGUGUCUUCAUCUUGUGCAGUUGUUGGCUCUGCUAGCGCGUAUCCCAGUUUACCGGCAGUUGCCGGUGUUCUCGGUUUCUUAACACGUGGGGCACCCUAUAAUGCAACUGCCAGCUCUAGCCGUUUGUGCAUCUUGAAGGAGCCAUCUGACUGGAUCAGACGAUUAUAUCAUCUCAUUUGCCCUAUUCCAGCUGAAAUGAAUUCAAAGUUGUUUGUUGUUAGUGCAGAAGAAACGGUGCUUUGGUACGCUGCAUGGACUAUGAUUGAUUAUAAACUGAAAGUGGCUCCGUGGGUUAACCCUUUGAAAACGUUCUUAUCAUUGGAGGGCACGAUGCGGGCCUUUCUGCGACCAAAUAUUACUCCUGAAACCAAAUCACGCAAUCCAUCCAACUCUAGUGGCGUGCUGAAUUUUCAUAUUGCUUCUAGCGAUGCACUGUCACAUCAACCGUGGAUUAGACAGCUACGUCAAACUCAGUCACUGAUGACGUUUUUGGGCUUUCUCGAACGUCUUAUUGACAAUGCCACGAAAGGCUUUGCUGUGUCUUUACCACGUCCUGUUCUACCUGCGUGCACCUUCUUUGCCGCGAAUGAAGCUACCUGCUCACAGUGGUUUGGUCGAGUUCGUACCCUGUUACUUCGGAUUGCCGAUGGUUGGCCCCUGCCUCCUGUUGCAAAUGGAUGUUUUGCUGGUGACGUUCCAGCCACGGUUCUGUACCAUGCCUACACUCCAUUGGUUACAAUUAUGCAAUCUGAUCCAUCUGAUCUGGAAUUAUGGCUGUCUGGUUUGCCAUACAAUGGUGUUUCAUGCGAUGUACUCAUUCGUGUUGCCAAGGCACUACAUCGUUUGUCGGCUUGGGAGGAGCUUCAUGCGUUGAGCGAGUGGACCACACGCCUGUUUGAUUCAACGGUCGACAAAUGCAACCCAUUUGCAUGGAUUGAAGGUUUGGCACUGCUAACACGCGGUCAGUGGGAUGGAGCUGUGAAAAUAUUCCGUUCAUUUUUUGAUUUUUACGUCCAGCAAAAGCGCCGCCCUUGGGAUAUGGACUCUUCAGAAACUACCUGGACUUUGGGAUUCGCUUAUACAACGGAGCUUCUUUUUCAGUGUUACUUGAAUGAGGGUGAUAAUCAAGCAGCAUUUUCUUUACGAGAUGUCGUCCACUCAUUAAGCUUUUCACAAGACACUGAUGAAUCUGGCCUGACAUCAGCAGCAAUCUCGUCGCUCAAGUUAAAUUGCAUGCGGCUUUCAUACGUAGAAAAGUUGUCAAAUUGGUCUUCCUCAACAACCGCUUCCUCGAAAAACGAACACACUGGAGACGAAGGUAUAAAAUGGUGGUCACAUGAAAAAUUGACCACGAAAUUAUGUCAAUACUUGACGGAUGCGGCUCUUACGUUGAAGUCGUCCAUGGAUGGUACCUCAGGAGUCAAAAGGAACGUUCUAGAAAACUUAUCUAAGCUGAUCACGGAUGUUCGUUUGGCUUCAUUAUCGACUUUAAUGUCAUCAUCCAAACCACUAGCCUGUCUCCCGGAGCUUCAAUGUGGAUUGACCAGCGAGGGUAGCCUUUGCACCUGGUUAACUCGAGCAAAUUUGCUACUGAAUCCACCAUCGCAGUGCAUACAUGAUAGCGAUCUGGUUCACUGUCAUUCAAAUACAAUAGGCGAGUCAUCCUGGCGUCAUUUACUAGGUCAUCCUGACAGUCAUAAUGCUCGGUUGAAUUCUGGUUUGCAAGGUUGCCGUUGGGCAUGUGAAAACCAAAAUUAUUUGUUAGCCAGGCGUUUGUUGGUUCGUGAACUGAAAGCCUUAUCGUUUAUCGAUGGAAUGCAUUUCACUGCUGUGGAUCAUAGUCUAGAAACGCUGUACAAUAUUAUCCGUUCAGUGAAGUUUACGGGCGACGACCACCUUUCUCAAAUUCAACGCCUACUGUUUUAUGAUUGUUUGGCUCAACUUUUGUGGUCUACCGACAAAGUAUCCCCGUCAUUUGAUCCCAAGUUGGCUGCAAUCGAUACACUGUCGCAUGGUUUGCGAACGAUUAUUCUGGAAGAAUCAACUUCUGAUCCCGUGCACCACGCAGCUCGAUGUCACACCACAACUCAAGUUGCUCUACGCUUAUUCGGCUGGUUAGAGGCAUCUCAACGUUUAUCCAAUCGUACUUGGGCUGAAUGGAUCAGUCGUGAACAAAUGAAUUCACGUCACGAAACAUGUUUGCCACCAAAUUUACAGUCGUCCGGGCAGUCAAGUUCCCACAUAAUGCACGACAAUCAUAGUGUUUGGCUCAGUCGUCUCCUGAUGAUGGCCACACGACUGGCCCCGACCGGUUCAUCAUCAGCUGCAUGGCUUCGCAUGGCUAGUUGGUGCUACACUCGUGGUCAGACUAUGGUGGAGCAAACACGGGUCAUGGCAGUGAAUAUGCUACUUAAGCCAGGCAAUUGGACUGACCCGCAGACAGCGAUAGAAUCUACCGCCUGUCCCGUUCUUCAGGCAAAUGACUACCGCCUGGUCUCAACCGCCCUCAAACAACACGGUCUCCAAGAUACAAUAACUUCUGUUGAUGAGAGCCGUACCCAAGCUGAAGCAGUUGUGCCGAUGCUUAUCGCUUCGCUGCUCACGUUUCUUACGCCUGACCAAAGCCGAUCGUUAUCGAAGAAUGCGGUCGUCAGUGAUGAAGCGACCGACUACAAAGCUCAUGGCGGUUUGUUACCCAAUUUGCGAUUGACAAAAUUGUGUCCAGAUGAUGAAACAGACCCACUGAUCUGCAAGCUGCUGAGUCAGCAUCUUCAUCAAACAUUACCUCAAUUAUUCCCUCCGUCCUCACCGAUUCCAGUAGAUCUGUUGGAAUCAUUGCAUCACUUAACAAUCGAACUGACGCAAAGACAAUACACGUUGCAUACCUCAGCUGCACAAGCCUAUGCAACGUACCUUACCGUGGCGGGACAGCGUGCUGCUCCUGAGGUAGUUCGAAUGGAGGAACCAAUUACUAGGCUAGAUACGAUGACAGGCAGGUUACUAUUUUAUUUCUUUUCAAAUGCAUCUUCAUACUGGCAUCGUAAUUUAUUUAAGUCUGUAUGUAAUGAAUAG